UUUCUCUGCUAAGUAGGAAUCGAGGAACUGGUCGAACUGGGUCGGGUUAAGUGCUUCUGAAAUGGCCUGCCCAGACACUGCAGUCAGAUAACGCCGUGUCCGUGUCCGGCAGGGAGGGCUUACAGCACUUUCAGAAAUUCUACUGUACGCUUUUCAAACGUGACAUUAAUAGCCACGUGGGACUAAGGAUAACCACGUGUAACCACGAGCUUUCUCUUUCCAAGAAGGGAAGGCUUCUGCUUCUUGCUGGCACUGUCCUCUCCUGGUUGCACAACAUACCUCAGAGAAACAUGGGACAAUUAGUGGGAGUUGGAGAAGCAGCAAAUUUUGCUGCCUAUGCCUUUGCCCCUGCAACGCUGGUAACUCCGCUGGGUGCUCUGAGUGUCCUUGUUAGUGCAGUUCUCUCUUCCACCUUCCUGAAUGAGCAGCUGAAUGUUCACGGCAAGAUUGGCUGCCUCCUAAGUAUUCUGGGCUCCACGGUGAUGGUAAUCCACGCUCCCCAGGAAGAAGAGGUUUCCAGCCUGGAGUCAAUGGCAGAGAAGCUGAAAGAUCCAGGAUUUAUUGUAUUUGCCGUGUGUGUCCUGGUGAGCUCCCUUCUGCUUAUCUUUGUGGCUGGACCCCGUUACGGACGGAGCAACGUCCUGGUUUAUGUUUUGGUCUGCUCCGCCAUCGGCUCGCUUUCUGUGUCCUGUGUCAAAGGCUUGGGGAUUGCCCUGAAAGAACUGUUUGCCGGGAAGCCAGUCCUGAAAGAACCGCUGGGCUGGGUGCUCCUGGUGUGCCUGGUGAUCUGCAUCAGUGUCCAGAUCAACUACCUGAACAAAGCCCUGGACAUCUUCAACACGUCCGUGGUCACACCCAUUUACUACGUGCUGUUCACCACAGCAGUCAUGACUUGUUCUGCCAUCCUCUUCAAGGAGUGGCAGCACAUGGUGCUAGACAACAUCAUCGGCACCAUCAGCGGCUUCCUCACCAUCGUGUCCGGCAUCUUCCUCCUGCACGCCUUCAGGGACGUGCCCUUCACCCCCGACCUCCUGCCCCUCUUCCUGCAGCAAGGCAGGGCAGACUUGCGCACGUCGUGGAGGAGCGCAGACAGACAUCAGUCGUGUCAGCACCAGCCUCUUCUGCCCUCAGAGGACAAAGGCUCUCAGAGUGCAGAAGAGGAAGAGGAGGAAGGUGAAAGCGUGUGAGGAGGCCUCUGAAGUGCUAGCUUUCUGCUCCCACCAGUGAGCAGCUCCACUGGGCAAGGGUGAACUUGCCGUAUCAGAUGCUGCUAGUUAUUAUUGUGCUUGUGGGAGUCAGCAGUUACCUUCUACCUGCCCGGGGCACAUGAUCAGUGACUUCUCACUGCUGGGGGUCUGACAGGGACAGCAGCCUCCUGCAGCUGCAGACACAAGCUCUGGGAACAGCCCCGCUGCCAGGAUCUAGUGCCUCUUACCUGUUCUUUUAUAUGAAGCAUCAAUCUGCCCUUGUCAGGACACAGGCUUUGAUUGUGCAGAGGUCUGCGGCACUAACACAGUGCUGACCCCUACUGAAUGCAAAGGCCACACACUAGGGGAGGCCUCGGAGCAUUUUUUUUAAGAAUACUUAGAAGAUUAACAGUUACAAAGUAAUCUAACAUGGUGCUAAGAUUACCUAGGGCCAGACAGCUGUCUUCUCUCCAAAGGUGACAUAGCCAGAGUACUAAUUCAAAAAUUCUUCCGUAAAAGUACUCGUUCUGCUCACUCUGCUAGAAUUUAUUUACAGAUUCACAUCCAAGAACAGAAUACAGCCAAAACUGGAAAACUUCAAGGGUGCUGCCACGUGCUGCUGUGGCGCUUAUAGAGGGACCAACCUCUUUGUGCAAUGUCUGUUGUGCAGGUUGAUGAAGCACCUGCUUACAGCAUUAAAAACAGGUUAUUUGUUA